CGUCAUGCGUCUUCAACCUUUGUCUCCUUAAGAUUGAGGAUCAAACAUACCGUCAGUGAUCUCCGUACUCAUAAGCGAUAGCGUUAACUUCACCACUUAGCUGUUAAACCCAAGUCGACAAAGGAUGGCUCUUCAGUCCUCGAAAAGGUUCUCCUUUCUGGGUCUUACUUUCGCGGUAAUUGUGACCGCGCUCGGCAGUCCAAUUUUGUCACUCCCAAAUACAGCCCGAGAGAUCGGUCCGUGGCCCGCAGUGGUGCUGCUGAUGCUGGUAGCUGUCAUCAACUCGGAAGUCGCGCGGCUGAUGUCCGAGACAUGCGCAGAACUAGAGGAAAAGCCACGGGAAAAUGAUCCUCGAGAGCCUUGGGACCACCUGGAUUCGGAUGUCACCUCAUCGUCGUCCCCAAAAAGUGACGGAACUUCCGACACGCGUGGUGAAGUCAGCCGCUGGAAAGACGAGCGUGAGCCACUCCUAGAAGAUCUAGAAAAGUGUGGACCAGGCUGCGCCGGAAAUCAGAAUCGCUUGCAACUACAUGGGUUCGUGAAGGACAGCGGCAACGCUCCCAAUGGCAAUAUCACCAGGCACGCACCACACGGAGGUUCCCAAUGCUCUCACUUUGAUGAGAAGGCGGCGGCCACCUGCCACGUUGCAACAGGUAAGGAACAAAAUUGCGAAGGAAAAAAGCAGGCUGAUGAAAGUGCGUUCACUGUGGACAGCUGUGAGGAGAAUGAGCAAAAGUCUAAUGGCGCUUUCGCCGUGGACAGCUAUGGCAAGUACCUCGGCGUCGUCUUCAAACGGGAAAAAACGGUUCUCGUAAUCGCACGAGCAGCCACCUAUGUUGGGUACUUCGCACUAAUGGUGGUAGACGACAUCUUGCUUACCAGAAUCUUCCUUCAAGUCGUCGAGCAGAUCAAGUGGGUACGAGUGAACACGUGGACACUGAAACUUUACUUUUCGAGCCUGGUGCUCCUACCUUUACAUUUGUGGCAGAGCGCUUCGUCGGAAAGUGCACGAACCUUCGUCACAACCACGCUGGCGGAAGGGGUGCCCUACGUGUUUGUGGUGAUUGUCUGUUUGCUAGUCUACGAGCUGUGGCUGCAGGGCACAGGCGACCGCGCAGGAAUUGUAAGAUGGCUCGCAGACGAGGGGGAAAGGAGGCCCACAUCAACAUCAGCACUUGCUAUUUCUUUUCCGAUCGCAUGGCACACGCCGUGGGGGCUCCUGGGGCUACGAGUGCAAGACAGGACAAGGGCUGAAGGUGCGGGUAACAGCGCUGGGGCGCUUCCGUCU